AUGGCCCAACUCGACACCCUCGACCUGGUCGUCCUGGUCGCCUUGCUGGUCGGUAGCGUCGCCUACUUCACCAAGGGCACCUACUGGGCAGUCCCCAAGGACCCCUAUGCCUCGGCCGGCGCCGCCAUGAAUGGGGCCGCCAAGGCCGGCAAGACUCGCGAUAUCGUGGAGAAGAUGGAGGAGACGGGCAAGAAUUGUGUCAUCUUCUAUGGAUCGCAGACGGGCACCGCCGAGGACUACGCCUCACGACUGGCCAAGGAGGGCUCCCAGCGCUUUGGCCUGAAGACCCUGGUGGCCGACAUUGAGGAUUAUGACUACGAGACCCUGGACAAAUUCCCCGAGGACAAGAUCGCAUUCUUCGUGCUGGCCACCUACGGGGAGGGUGAACCCACCGACAACGCUGUGGAGUUUUACCAGUUCUUCACGGGUGACGAUGUCGCGUUUGAGAGCGGCGCCGCCGCCGAUGACCAGCCUCUGUCGUCGCUCAAGUAUGUCACCUUCGGUCUGGGCAACAACACCUACGAGCACUACAACGCCAUGGUACGUCAGGUCGAUGCGGCGCUGACCAAGCUGGGUGCGACACGCAUCGGUACUGCGGGCGAGGGCGAUGACGGCGCGGGCACCAUGGAGGAAGAUUUCCUGGCUUGGAAGGAGCCCAUGUGGGCUGCGCUGUCCGAUGCCAUGGGUCUGCAGGAGCGCGAGGCCGUCUACGAGCCGGUGUUCUCCAUCACCGAGGACGACGAGAAGACGCCCGAGGACGAGACCGUGUUCCUGGGUGAGCCGACGGCGGCGCACCGCGAGGGCCGCGCCAAGGGCCCCUUCUCCGCGCACAACCCGUACAUUGCCCCGAUCGUCGAGUCCCGCGAGCUCUUUGCGGUCAAGGACCGCAACUGUCUGCACAUGGAAAUUAGCGUCGCCGGCAGCAACCUCAGCUACCAGACUGGUGACCACGUUGCCGUCUGGCCCACCAACGCUGGCGCCGAGGUUGAUCGGUUCCUGCAGGUGUUUGGCCUGGAGGAGAAGCGCCACUCGGUGAUCAGCAUCAAGGGCCUUGAUGUCACGGCCAAGGUCCCCAUCCCGACGCCGACCACAUACGAUGCCGCUGUUCGCUACUACAUGGAAGUCUGUGCCCCCGUGUCCCGUCAGUUCGUCGCCACCCUGGCCGCUUUCGCUCCGGACGAGAAGACCAAGACUGAGAUUGUCCGCCUGGGAAGUGACAAGGACUACUUCCAUGAGAAGAUCUCGAGUCAGUGCUUCAACAUCGCCCAGGCACUGCAGAGCAUCACCUCCAAGACCUUCACCGCUGUGCCAUUUUCGCUGCUCAUCGAGGGUCUGAACAAGCUCCAGCCGCGUUACUACUCCAUCUCGUCGUCCUCUCUGGUACAGAAGGACAAGAUCAGCAUCACGGCUGUGGUCGAGUCUGUUCGUCUGCCAGGUGCCACGCACAUCGUCAAGGGUGUGACCACCAACUACCUAUUCGCGCUGAAGCAGAAGCAGAACGGCGACCCGGCCCCUGACCCACACGGCCUCACUUAUCAGAUCACCGGUCCCCGCAACAAGUACGAUGGCAUCCACGUGCCCGUCCACGUCCGCCACUCCAACUUCAAGCUGCCCUCGGAUCCGUCCAAGCCGAUCAUCAUGGUUGGCCCCGGUACGGGUGUAGCCCCCUUCCGCGGAUUCAUCCAGGAACGUGCUGCGCUGGCCGCCAAGGGUGAGAAGGUUGGCACCACGGUCCUGUUCUUUGGAUGUCGCAAGAGCAACGAGGAUUUCCUCUACCAAGAUGAGUUCAAGGCAUACCAGGAACAACUGGGUGACUCGCUCAAGGUCAUCACGGCCUUCUCCCGCGAAUCUUCCAAGAAGGUCUACGUUCAGCACCGCCUGAAGGAGAACGCCUCGCUGGUCAGCGACCUGCUGAAGCAAAAGGCCAAUUUCUACGUCUGCGGUGACGCCGCCAACAUGGCUCGGGAGGUCAACACGGUGCUGGGCCACAUCAUCGCCGAGCAGCGCGGCAUGCCGGCCGAGAAGGGCGAGGAGAUGGUCAAGCACAUGCGCAGUAGCGGCAGCUACCAGGAAGACGUGUGGUCAUAA